AUGCCGCCAGUCCUCCCCUCCGCCGACCCUUCCUCUGCUCCCUCACCACCCCACCAGUCCCGCAUCGUCUGCUAUCACCAAACCCACUAUCAUAACGGCAAAUUCGUAUCCAUUCUCCCUCUGCUAGCCCCAGAAUGCGGUGUAACGCACAUAAUAAUCGCUGCGAUCCAUCUCAACGCUUUACCAGCUGACGUAACUCUCAACGAUGACCCGUACAACGCGCCAAAACACGAGCCGCUUUGGCAGGAGUGUAAACAACUACAAGCUUCUGGGGUAAAAAUCCUCGGGAUGCUCGGAGGUGCUGCUAAGGGGAGUUAUACACGUCUAGACGGCCCCACGGACCGGUUUGAAGCCUUCUACGGACCGUUGAAGGAAAUGAUCGAGUAUGCUAAGCUUGAUGGGUUGGACCUCGAUGUCGAGGAACAAAUGUCGUUGCCGGGGGUUAUACGGCUUAUAGACCGGUUGAAGCAAGAUUUUGGAGGAGAUUUCAUAAUCACGUUGGCACCGGUCGCUACGGGACUUCAAUUAUUUCGUCCACACCUCUCGGGUUUCUCAUACUUUGAGCUAGAAAAGGCGUUUGGAAGGUAUAUUUCAUGGUACAACGCGCAGUUUUAUUGUGGAUGGGGUAGUAUGAACAGCAUUGCGGACUACGAGAAGAUCUUGAUGUGCGGAUGGGAUCCGAAGAAAAUCGUGGUCGGGGUGGUCACUAACCCCGGGAAUGGGGCUGGCUGGGUACCGGAUGAUGUACUUUGUGAUACACUCUCCGAGAUGAGAGACAAGGAUCCCGACAACUUCGGUGGAGUUAUGGGCUGGGAGUACUUUAACAGUAUGACCACUUCGAAUCCUGAGGAGGGACCAUGGUCUUGGAGUAGGCUUAUGACCUUGAUUGUGAGGCCGCACGUUCUAGAGGGCUUAGAGGCCCAGGAAUAA